AAAUAUCCUACUUUGAGGGCAACUCUUCGAUAAAGCAUUGCAGAUUACAUAUGAUUAAUAUAAAAAUUCAGGUUACAUAUGAUACAAAAUAAUAUUAAUUCAAUGUUCAUUACAGAACUGUUAACUUGUGUUAAAUGUGUCAGAGAGCACAAGCUCCCCAUGCUCUGAUGGUCAAAAUGGCUGCCACUAUAUGCCACGCCCACCAUUCCUACAUUUCUGGAAAAAUGGUUUACAAUCAAGCUACAGAACAUAUUAUUUCUUAUUUAUUUAUAUGGUUAUGAACUGUAUGAUAUAUAUUGAGGUUGUUGUGUGUUGUUUGAAAUGACAUUUGCUCACUCUUUCAUAUUGUAAAGUGCAAAGAGAGCUCCACAGCCAGCCUCUUGACAUCAAUAUCAAAAGGGUGAUAAAAUGUCAAAAAUAUAUUUUUGUUUUUGUGUCAAAGUGUGAAAUGGUGUAAUAUUCUAUUAAAGGGGGUGCUCUUACAUGCGCUCUGAUGGCGAAAAUAGCUAAGAUAUAAGUAUUUUUGCGAAGUCUUUGAAUAUUCAAAUUGAAAGUAUCGCGCAAUCAAAUCAUUGUCAAAUCAUUGAGUUCUUGGGACUUUAAAUAGUAGGGAUGAGGGCAGAAAAACUCAAACUAAUGCUUCCCUGGCCAUAUUACUGCAUAAUUGUAUAUAGUGAGAGUGUCGUGAGGGUGAUUGAUUGAGACUUUGUGACAAUUUUAUCAAUAUUUCGUUCUUGCCCAUAUAAUAGAGCCAAGAACAGGCGCUUGGGGUGUUUCACUGGGUCCUGCUCCUCUUCACGCCAAUAAUGUCUGACAAACCUAAGGUGUACCAGGGUGUGCGGGUGAAGACCACCGUUAAGGAGUUACUUCAGAAGCGUAGGGCACUUCAGGCAGCAGAAUCCAGAAAAAAACAAGCUGUGACGACUCACGACGUCUGUUCUACACCAGUGACUGCAGGCCAGCUCGAUAUUCUCUGCGGGAGCUCGGCGCAGGAUGAUUAUUUUCAACCUCGACAGUUUGCAGAAAGCGUGCAUAUGGCUAUGGAGGACAUGUUUGAUGAUCAGCUGCUGAUGAACAUGAUCCCUGCAGAGAACUACAGCUCCAGCGCUGCGGUGUGUGCGAGUGCUCCUGCACAGUGGCCGCACGUAUACUUCCCUUCAUGCACGGAAUAUUACACUAACAGCUUAGCUUCUAGUUCACCAACACACUCGUUCAGUCUUCCCAGUCUGGUCGAUUAUAACAGCUACACUCCGCCCGAGUCUCAUUCCUCUUCCUCGUCAUGCUACAACUCUCCAACACGCAUGGACAUGAGCUCCAGCUUUACGUCAGAAAGUUACCACUACCAGUAUUGCACCCUGCAGCACUGUUUUUGCCUGUCUCACUGGCCCAAUCUGCAGGACGGCACCAUGGCCGCAGACUACACGUCUCCUCACUACAGCACCUCAGACUGUUUUUACCAACCUCUGGGAGAAGAAGCUUACUGUAGAAGAGAUUCCUCCAGCUCAGAGCUGUGUUACUUAUAAGAGCACUUUGUCUAAGCAUUGUUUUUACAGCGCCAGAAAGCAUUUCAAUAUUUUAUUAUUUUAUUUUUUUUAUCAAAAAAUCGUAUUUUUGUUUUGAUCAAAAAACUGGUUAAGCAUCGCUUGGUAUAGUCAUUAUCUACAGGCUCUAGCAAAGGCAGCGUUAUCAAUUUCAUGGAACUUUUGUUGAAACGCUGGUCAUUAUCGAUGACGAACAAAUUGUUCAUUUAUUUUUAUUUUUUGACAAUAAAAUACUAUUUUUCGUAA